CUCUCUCGGGCCUCCCCAUUAAGAAACGAUCGACGCACGCGGUCACAUGUCGGCGCGCGUGUAUUGUAAUGUAACGUAACGUAACGUGCGCGCCCGUCCCGCCGCGAGGAUCCCGUCCGUGUGCAGUUCGUCCUCGCUCCGCGCGCGCGUCCGCGUAAACGCCGUCGCCAUCCUCGUCGUGGCGACACCCGCGUGUCCGACGUGAGAGCGUCGAAUUGGCAGCGCAAACGUGUUGUCGGCCAGCACGCGACGAAGAGAGAGAAACAGAGAGCGAGUGAGAGAGAGAGGAAGCGACGGAGGGAAGGAGGAAAAAAGAAAGAGAAGAUUACGCGACACCGUGGCGGCGGACCUGAGGCCCGUUGAGGAGCUAACGAGCGAGCGCUCUCUCUCCCCCGUCAACAUGAGCAAAGACGACUACGAGAGCCUGCCGACCAACUCCGUGGCCGUGCACAUGACGGCCGGCGCCGUCGCUGGGAUCAUGGAGCAUUGCGUCAUGUAUCCGUUUGACAGUGUCAAGACAAGAAUGCAGGCAUUAACUCCCGGUCCAGGGGGAGGAAGAGGAGUGGGAGAGGUGCUGUGCAGAAUGAUACGACAAGAAGGUGUAUUAAGGCCAAUUAGAGGUGUCAGCGCGGUGGUUGCCGGCGCCGGUCCCGCGCAUGCCUUGUACUUUUCUUGCUACGAGUGUCUUAAAGAGAAGUUCAAGAGUCCGAGAGCUCAAUUCAAUCACCUCGUCUACGGGGCGGCCGGUUGCGUGGCAACAGUUCUGCACGACGGUGUCAUGAACCCGGCGGAAGUGGUUAAACAGCGAUUGCAGAUGUACAAUUCCCCGUAUAGGAAUGUAUGGAAUUGCAUACAACACGUGUAUCAGAACGAAGGGAUAUUUGCGUUCUACAGGAGCUACACGACUCAGUUAGCUAUGAAUGUGCCUUUUCAGAGUAUUCAUUUUAUCGCUUACGAAUUCGUACAAUCUAUUACAAAUCCGGAACACGUUUACGAUCCAAUAGCACAUAUCGGAUCCGGUGCAACAGCGGGCGCAAUCGCGGCCGCCGCAACGACCCCUCUUGAUGUUUGCAAGACGGUGCUGAACACGCAGCAGGACGGCGUGCACGCUCAAGGCAUGAUAGAUGCAUUUAAACAGGUCUACAGGUUCGGCGGGAUACAGGGAUACUUCCGUGGACUACGCGCACGUGUCUUAUUCCAAGCGCCAGCGACCGCUAUCUGUUGGGUGAUAUACGAGUCAUUCAAGUAUGUCUUGCGGGGUAAGCAAGACGAUGAGUAUGGCGACUUCGAGUCUGACAACGGUAUGGCCGGAAUUAACCAGAAUCCGUCGCUCGCAUCAAGAUCCAACAGUUUUCAAGGCGCAGGUCUGUACUUUAACAACCACGCCUCGUCGCCUGUAUUACUCAAAGUGACCACGAGUUAGGCAUGUAAAAAGAAAACCACACCGUCGAUUGUCCAUCACGAGAUAGAAAGAGAGAGAGAGAGAAAACUAUUUCAUUAUUCGAGAGUUGUUUAUGAAAGUGGCGAUAUCUUCUUUAUAAGAGUCUAUAGAUAAUGAACAUUUCGUUGAUUCGUCCAUUACUUGAGCAGCAUUUUUACGUAUGUUCUAUGUCGCAAAGAAACGAAAGUCGAUGCUAAAGAAAGACAAUAGCAAGCAAAGGUACGGGACCUAGGGUCCUAGGUUUACUGAAUGUUGCUGUAUAAACUUCUUAUUGUUAACAAGAACAGCGCCGAAUAACGACGCUAAUAACGUUAUCUUCUUUUUAUCUUUUAAUUUCUGAUUAUUGAAAGCAUAGACAUAUCUAGACCGAGCAUUUGAGCAGUGGGGAUAGAGGUUCACGUUCGCAUGCAAACGAGAGAGAAGGAAAAUAGCACAAAACAGAGUUUGGCCUUUUCUACAUGAACAUCUACCUCAACUGUUCAAAUAAAGACAAACGCUCGGUCCAGAUAUAUUAUGUCUAUGACUCUGGGGAUGAUCUUAAAAAGGUAAACCUGAAAGUUGGAUUAAGAGUGAACAUCAUUUCAUUACGCUUUUACAUUAUUAUCGUACCUUAUGCUUUCGAUAGAUUUUCUAUCAUUUACGCAAAAUCAGCAUGGAAAUACCGUACUACUUUAGAAUAAUUGCAAAAUGACUUUGUUAAUUAGCAAUACUAAAUUUGGAAUCAUGAAAUAGUCGUUAAUCCUGGUACAUCGCUGGCUGCCAUCCAAUGUGUAUGAUUGAAAAUAGAAAUGCUAUUAUCUAAUGUACUGUUCAUGAUGGAGUAUAAAUGAACAUUCAGUAAAAUGUCGGUUUGAUGUA